AACUGCAGCGCUCCUUUGAUGAGGUGGCCGCUACGUCAAAGUCUCUAAUAAUACAACACAACAACAGCAAUUCUCUUUUUGUUGUUGCUCCCUAUACGGGAGAGCCUCACGAGAAAAAAAAGCUAUCGCCUGCACUUCUAUAAAGCGUAAGUUAAGGAGAAUCGCAAAUGGGACAUAUGGUUUGGUGAAGUAUGCAGGUGUGAAGUGUAUAUCCACAACGUCGAAGUGAAAACCACGGCUACAACAUCAUCUUUGACGAAGAGCCAACUAACGGAACGACGCAGUGCAGUAGCAGUUGAGAUAUGCAAGGUGAUUUACAACAACCGGCGUGUGCGUAAUCACCGUAAGGGAUUGGGCUCGGUGUGGGCACCUCAUACCUGCCAAGUUAACGCCAACCAAUCGUAAAGUUGCUUCCCUUUGGGUGCUGACAAGGGACUCCGUGCAAGGCACAUUUCUCAAUCAAACACAGCCUUCAAAGACGCAGUUCUGACGAAACUAACAAUCUCAACGAUCAGUAGACCAACACUCGACGUGUCCACACGGUGGCACGAUGGCACUGAAGAAAGUAAAAGGCAACUUCGAACGAAUGUUCGAUAAAAAUCUCACUGAUCUAGUGCGCGGCAUACGGAACAACAAAGAUAACGAGGCCAAAUACAUUGCUCAAUGCAUAGAGGAGAUCAAACAAGAACUGCGACAGGACAACAUCAACGUGAAGAGCAAUGCGGUAGCAAAGCUUACUUACCUACAGAUGUGCGGCUACGACAUUUCCUGGGCCGGCUUCAACAUUAUCGAAGUAAUGAGUUCAAACCGGUUUACGUGCAAGAGGAUUGGCUAUUUGGGAGCCAGCCAGUGUUUUCAUCCAGAAAGUGAGCUGUUAAUGCUAACCACCAAUAUGAUUCGGAAGGAUCUAAGUUCCACUAAUCAGUACGAUGCUGGUGUGGCUCUAUCGGGUCUAAGCUGUUUCAUUUCUGCCGACCUCUCUCGGGAUUUAGCAAAUGACAUUAUGACACUGAUGAGCUCCACGAGACCGUAUCUGCGUAUGAAAGCGGUGCUAAUGAUGUACAAAGUGUUCCUGCGGUAUCCCGAAGCACUUCGACCGGCCUUUCCUAAGCUGAAGGAAAAGCUCGAGGAUCCUGAUCCGAGCGUACAGUCGGCGGCAGUAAACGUGAUUUGUGAGCUGGCUCGUAAAAAUCCCAAAAACUAUCUUUCGCUGGCACCGAUCUUCUUCAAACUCAUGACGACAUCGACAAAUAACUGGAUGCUGAUUAAGAUCAUAAAAUUGUUUGCCAGUCUAACCGCGAUCGAACCGGCAUUGGGUAUGAAACUGACACAUCCACUAAUCGAGCUGAUUUCCAGCACCUCGGCAAUGAGCCUUUUGUACGAAUGUAUCAAUACCGUGAUUGCAGUCUUGAUUAGUAUUAGCAGCGGCAUGCCGAAUCACAACGCUUCCAUUCAGUUGUGCGUUCAAAAGUUACGUAUCCUCAUCGAGGACUCUGACCAAAACCUGAAGUAUCUCGGGCUAUUGGCAAUGUCGAAAAUAUUAAAAACACACCCGAAAAGCGUACAGACUCACAAAGAUCUGAUACUGUCGUGCCUCGACGACAAGGACGAAUCUAUACGAUUGAGGGCACUUGAUCUGCUCUAUGGCAUGGUGUCGAAAAAGAACCUUAUGGAAAUCGUACGCCGCUUGCUCAGACACAUGGAACGCGCGGAGGGUUCAUCCUAUCGCGACGAGCUUCUUUUCAAGGUGAUUGAAAUCUGCUCGCAAGGUUCAUAUCAGUACGUAACGAAUUUCGAAUGGUACUUGACCGUACUGGUCGAGUUGGUAUUACUUGAGUCAGCCUCAAAACAUGGUCAACUGAUUGCUGCCCAACUGUUGGACGUAGCUAUUCGUGUUCAAGCUAUACGCACGUUCGCUGUCAACGAAAUGGCCACACUUCUUACCUCGUACCCAGUGUCUUCAGCAAACAGCACUAUGCACGAAGUUCUUUACGCAGCCGCUUGGAUCGUCGGUGAAUUCGGUAACAACCUCGAACGGCCGGAACAAACGUUAGCGGUAUUGUUGCAACCAAAACCCGUUCCCGGUCAUAUAUUAGCGGUGUACGUGCAGAAUGCGCUUAAACUGUUCAUGUACCUUGCCGAACGUGAAAUGGAACGUAACGAUGCUAACGCUCUGCGUGCUCACUGCGAAACUCUUUUGGUUGGGCUACCCGCUUUCCUUAUAUCGCCCGACAUCGAGGUUCAGGAAAGAGCCAGUUCCGCAUUCAUUCUUGUUCAGCUGCUCCAUGAACUAGUAGAUAAAAGUACCGAAGGUGACCCUACCGGCUCUUGCCAAACGGCCAAUAUUGUUGAUCAGUUCGCCGAUGAACUUGGCGACAAACACUCAUUACCGGUACGGUGCACAGCCAUUCCGAUUUCCGCCGUACAGUUGCUGGGUGAAUUACGGGAAAUCUUUGGUUGCGAAUUAAAUCCAGUUGCAUCGAAAGCCCAACGCAAAGUGCAACUUCCCGACGGACUUGAUCUUGAUGCAUGGAUCAACAUGCCUCCAGCAGCCACAUCGGCAGAUGAUAGCAGUUUGGAGGGAGCGUCUAGUGACGAGGACAAACUGUUUCCCCUGUUUUUGCCGCCCUCGGCACGACGCGGUAACGACCGUGAGAGGAACGGUGACCGUUCUACGUCAGACAAACGAAAAGAGCACACCCAAGAAGACCUCAACAAGAUGCGAGAGGCACGGUUGUUGGAGCAAACAAACAAUCCCAACUAUCUCAAACCGAUUAAAAAGGGCAUUAGCAGCGGGAUUGGGUCGAAGGAAAAUUAUGAAGACAUUCCUAUAGCUGAAAUAGCGCUAGAAAUACCUCUUCAGAUACAUUCCACAAAACGUUCAGAACAAUAUCUGAAGGAGGGAAGAUCUGAUACUGUGGCGGGCUCUUCAAAGGGAUCGAAAGAUGGCAGAAAAAGUGAAAAAGGGAAAAAGGCAAAGAAAAAGGGGAAAAAAGGUAAACGAUAUUCAGAAGAAUCGGAUUCCGAAAGUGAUGAUAAGAAACCAGUGCAUGUCGUCAACACAGUGAUCGAACUUCCCGAGGGAGCAAUUUUGUCAGAUUCCGAAGAUAAGAAUUAUGACGAUCCUAAUGACCCUCAUCGAGCUCUUGAUAUUGAUUUGGAUGCACCGCUUGAAGAAGAGAGGCCCUUGAAACGUCCGUCAGCAAACCGAUCCAAAUGGCAAACAGGUGCAGCGAAGGACAAUCGACCUUAUUACAACGAUGACAAAGUAGUGAAGUCCAAGGAGAAAAAAGAAAAAAAGAAAAAACGGAAUAAUAACGUUGAAGAAGCGAAUGAUGGAGCGAUAAUGCUGAUGAUCGAUGUGAUUCCUUCACCUGCCGAAAACUAUCACUAUCCCGGUCCAGGUGGUAGUAGCACGCAAGCCAGCAAUGAUGCAGGGAAGGUGGAGCAAUGCGGAACGGAUUCUAGUGACUUAUUAUUGAUAACCCAGGAUAGCAAAGAGCAUCAGGUAGAGAGAGCGGAGGAUGGAAAGAAUGAAACAAACAAACGAAAGGAAAAACGUAUUGCAAAGAAACAAGGGAAAAAAUCGAAAAACACCGUUUGUCAUAGUAUCAGGGAUGGACGAAAGCCUGGGGCGGAGGAGUUAUAACCGGAUUACGAGGAAAUGACGACCACAAGCAAAGAUGCAAUUUAAGCUAAUUUCUCAUCGUCGUCCAAUCUUUCCUAUUCAUUUACUGCUGUAAGUCUAGUAGGUAUUUGAAUGGAAUAUUACAGUGCUAAAUAAAAGAGAAUCUAAAAAACAUCGAAAACAUACUUCAGUUAUAGCUUCUGGUAGUAAUCCUUUUUUAUUUGACCCAAAUAAUCUCUUGUGCUGUAACUACCAAAAUUGUACCACAGCAUCGCUGUAAUUCCAAUAUAUUGGUUUAUGGAAA